AUGUUGAAACAACUAUUUUGCGUGCUGGUAAUAAUCGGGCUGUUAAUCAAAAAGCAUCAAGCUACUGACUAUGAUCAAUAUGAUUAUGAUUGGCUGACAGCUAAACCUCGGCCAGAAGCGUCAACGCCGUCUUCUACAAAAUCUCCGGACGAUGAUGAUGUUAUCGUCGAUCAAUUAGACAACCGAAAAGCAGUAGGUGAAAUUUCUGGAGGAUUCUCAAAUGAAAAAAGUUUCUCUUGUCCUCACGCCAAACCUAUGUUACAUACGGGAGAAUCUGUCGCUCAGUUGUCUCCAGAAGACAUUCGAAUUGUUGGUGCAAUGGGAGACUCAUUAGCUUCAGGACGUGGUUUGUGGCCAUUCACCGAUGUUGAAUUUCGUGGUGCUGCAUUUCCAAUUGGCGGUGAUGCAAAUAUGGACGGGUUGGUCACACUGCCAAAUAUCUUGAGUCAGUUUGUGCCCAAUUUGGAAGGAAUAUCUCACGGAAUGGGCUCGAAAAGUGCUCUACCAGAUUACCAAUUUAAUGUAGCAGAGAUUGGAGCAGAAACAGAAGACUUACCUCAACAAGCUCUAGAACUAGUUCAUAGGAUACAACGUUAUGUCGGAAGAACUCUCAAAAACAAGUGGGCUUUAAUAACCAUUGUCACAGGCUCAGAAGAGUUUUGUGAAAAAUGCGAGCCACCAAGCCGCACAUCUAUCCGUCGAGCGCUAGGUGUUUUACGAAGAGGACUUCCAAAAGCACUCAUUGUAUUAUUAGGACCAGUACAUGUGGCAUCCACCUAUCGGCAAAACAUUAAUCUGAUGCGUCCUCGUUGUAAAUGUCUGGAGAAGAUGACUGGCAGCAAUUAUAGAAAUUUGUUUGACGUUUGGAAAACAUAUUUUGUAGAUUUGGAAAACGAAUUCAAUACGGAUAACGGAACAUUUGGUGUACUUUCUAUUCCGUCGUUGGCAAUUCAUUCUCGUAACCCGCAAUCACUUCUCGUUCCCGGAAAACCUCUUUUGAACCGAAAAGGACACUCAUAUGCUGCUAAAUGGCUUUGGAAUCGGCUGAUUGCUGGUCCAAACUACAAUAUUUCUCUGAUUGCCCUCUCCGAAGACACUUAUUAUUGCCCUUCGCUUGGUUGUCCGUAUAUCCGAACGGUCCAGAACUUCAAGUCAUGCACCAUACUUACAGAAGAAAAGUGGAGAAAGCAAAAUAUCAUAGCUAAAGAACACAAAACCGGAAAAGAAGCGAGACAGGAAGUGAUUCGAACUAAUUUGGCGGGAGUAAUUGCUGUUAUUCUUGGGUUGUCAAUGCUAAGUGUUUUUAUAUUCGGAACCUAUUUCUACUGUCAUGGAUUAAAAGCAACAAAGGGAAGAUUCGACUUUGGACAAACGACCACUGAACUUGAAAUUGAACAACAAGAAGAGAAAUGA